UGCUGUCUCAAGUGGAAUAAUCAAAAAUGCUGAUCAUAUGUUAUUUACUGCUGAUGCUCAGAGUGGGGCGAUGCACGGACAGUCUGAUCUUUGAGACGAAGACUGUUGGUGUUGGAUACAAUGUGACUUUGACAUGUACCCGCCAGGCAUCUGAGCCCAAAACAAGGUUGUUUUGGAUCAGGCUAGUUUCUGGAGAUUUGCCUGAAUUGUUGGGAGGAACGUACACCUUUGAUUUUGAUGGCGUUAACAAGACUCCUCGCAUUACAGCAAAACAAGAGCCUGGAGCAUUUGUCCUGCAUAUUAGUCAAACAAAUCUAAGUGAUACUGGAGUUUACUACUGUGUCAAAGUAAAAGAACUUGACAUGAUAUUUCUGAAUGGAACAUUUCUGAGAAUUAAAGGACCAGAACCUGAUGUUACUGCCGUCGUUCAAGUCCCUCCAUCUGAUUCAGUCCGUCCAGGAGACCCAGUGACUCUGCAGUGUUCAGUCCUCUCUGACUCUGAGAAGAAAACAUGUCCAGGAGAUCACAGUGUGUUCUGGUUCAGAGCUGGAUCAGAUGAAUCUCAUCCCAGUUUAAUUUACACUCAUGGAAACAGUGGUGAUGAAUGUGAGAAGAGUCCUGAGGCUCACUCUCCACAGAAAUGUGUCUACAACUUCUCUAAGAAUGUCAGCUCCUCUGAUGCUGGGACUUAUUACUGUGCUGUGGCCUCAUGUGGAGAGAUAUUAUUUGGAAAUGGAACAAAACUGGACACUGAAGGAACCAGUACGUGGUCACAGACGGACAAAGCAGUUGUUUUUCUGCUGUGUGCUGUCUUGGUUAUAAGUCUGAUUGUUUUAGCCGUCCUCAUUUACGCCAUUAAGUGUGACAACGCUGCUGUUCCUCUGCAGAAAAUCAGUGGUGGUCAGAAAAGUCAACAGAGAAAUGAAGACGUGCAGGUUUAUUCUGCUGUCGUCUUCACCAUGAUGAAAACUGACAGAGGUGCAAUAAAGGAUGCAAAAGCAGCGGAGAGAGAGAGGAUCUACACUGCUGUCAAGGCUUUUGGGUUGGAUUAGUGAGUGAACAAGCCUGUUUGUCUUCAGUUUGUAAUGUAUGAUCUAGUUGAUGGUAGUCUGUUUACAGAUAAAGGGUUUGUUAUACACAAUGUGACUAACGCUGUACAUAUUAUCAUUCUGAAUAAAGGUUUAUCCAUACAUUUGAAACUAGUUAGAUUGAAAUAGACUAAAAUGAAUUGAAAGUGUGGUUGAAAAUGUCCAUUGUAUAUACCUUACUUGUUUUUACUUUGUUAUAAAGACUAUUAAUGUUUUAAUAUACACCAUUUUGAAUUAAGGCUUGGCCAAACAUUUGAAACUAGUCAGGUUCAAACAGAUAUAUUUAAAAUAAUUAAGAAGUGGUGCACACUUUUAGGUAUAAUUAAAGAUGUCCCAAUCCUAUCUCAAAGAUCGAUAUCAGUGUUGAUUGAGGCAUUUUUUAACUGAUCGGAAUCAGCUGUAUUGAGCCUUAUUGACCAAAUCCUGAUCAGUACCCUUCAUUGCAUGCCGCUGAAGGUGGACUUACAUGGUGAUUGUUAGUAAACUGUUUUGGAGGAAAAAUCUAAUGUGGUCUAAAUAUAAGACCAAGAAUUUAUUAAGCAUGCACCUAUUCGAUCCACUGGAUCGUUGUUGACAUUGAUAUAUUAGGGGGACCAGAUAUCAGAAAGGGAGAGAGAGAGAAAAGGCAGUAUCAGCCUGUAUCUUGUAUUGGAACCAGAAUCAGAAUAGGUAAAGUCCAAUCAGAGGAUAUUUGAAAGUAAGUUAAUUUACUCAUCAUGCAUGAAUCUGUAAUGGCAGUAAACCAGUUGGAAUUAAUUGCGUUAAGAAUUUAUGCAUGUUGCUGUUUCUUUAUUGUUUUUCUUAUGUGACCAUGCAAAGUAUUUGUAAACAUGUGAUUAAAAAAUAAAUGUGUGUGCUAAA